AUGCUGAACAUGAACACUCCGGCGACCCAACGCACGACCACAUCCGAGCCAUCAUUUCAAUCAUUUCGCAAUGUCUCCGCCUGCAAUCGCUGCCGUCUACGCAAGCAUCGCUGUGACCAGCGCCUCCCGCGCUGCGAACCCUGUGAAAAGGCAGGGACGCGCUGCGUAGGCUAUGAUCCACUCACAAAGCGAGAAGUUCCGCGCAGCUAUGUGUGUUUCCUCGAGAGCCAGGUCAAAUAUCUCAAGCAGCUAUUGAUUGACCACGGGAUUGAGUUCAAGGCGACCAUGCCAUUUGAUGAGAAGGAGCCAUCGCGAAUGGGUGCCAUAAGGCAUAGCCUAUCCCAAAGGCAGGAACUUUCCGCUGGGAGAGCUGGAUCUGAGGCUAGGAUUGAGCAGAAAAACGACCGCGCCUCGCUUAAGAGAAAGCUCGGUUCUUCACCCGCCGAUAAUACUUUGCCUCCGCGACAAUUGAAGCGCGUCUUGCAGCUAAACUUGAUUCUCAAAGACCUGCUCACUGAGAGCUAUGCGUCUUACCAUUGCGACAGAGAGCAUGUGCAACCUUCUCCACGGACUCCUGUAUCCACGCAAGCCAUGCAAGGCAUCUCGAUUCCGCAUGAUCAAUAUUCAACGCCAGAACUAAGUGACGACCACGCGAGUUCUGAUUCAGGAUCUGGGUCUCCCGAGUCACUACAAAUGCACUUUGAUGACUCGAACUCGGCGCACGAUAUUCCCGUCAUGAGCGAUGAAUUCCAAUACAAAAGACCAUAUACACCACAAAGGAGUUUCACACCAAAUCUUAACCCGAUGCAUCCCAAUUUGGACACCCUUGAGACGAAGCCAUUGCUCAACACGAGCUCUCCAAAUAUUUCUCAAGGGGUUCCAGUGAAGCAACCCGUCUCUGCUGAGCCAAAGGAAUUGCAAGCUAGUUCUGAGAUUGGAUUUGGCUUUCCAUCGGAAGCAGAUCAAAAGCAAAGCGAUCAAAACACUUACGACUUGUUGGAUGAAUUUCUUGUUGGCUGGGACGAAGACCGGCUAGGAAUAUGCUAG